CAUGGCCUUUUCCCUAUGUCCCCUUCUCCGAAACCCCUCUCUACCGUCCAAAUUCUCCUUAUAUAUUAUUCACAAACACACCCUUCUUACCAAAACAGUUCAAAGCUUCUCUCAAAAUCAAUUCUUUCUAUCUUUCUUCAAUGGCUACUUCAAGAAAAUCCAAUUUCAAUGAUUUUUUGCCACUUAUGGCUGAAAAAUUAGGUGGGGAUGGUUUGAUUGGUGAGUUAUGUAAAGGGUUUCAGUUAUUAAUGGAUAGGGAUAAAGAUGUCAUUACAUUUGAGAGUCUAAAAAAGAACUCUGCUUUGUUAGGGCUUCAAGAUUUGAGUGAUGAUGAUCUUAAGAGUAUGCUUAAAGAAGGUGAUUUUGAUGGAGAUGGAGCUCUUAAUCAGAUGGAAUUUUGUGUUUUGAUGUUUAGAUUGAGUCCUGAGUUAAUGGAACAAUCUCAGUUUUUGUUAGAUGAGGCUCUUAACCAAGAUUCUGAGUUUUCAUUCUAACUUUUUCUCUUAUACUUUCUAUAAUGUAAACACAUAAAACACAUUGAUAAUAUACACAGAUGUUUACUGCACCUUUUGUGUUAUUCUCCUUU